AUGACAUUCCAUGGUUAUGUUGAUGAGAAUGUUCUCUCGGAAGAAUUGUUAAACAAAUGUUGUGAAGCCGGACUCAUGAUCGAAGUAGCACCUAAAGCAGAAGGGGUUAAAAGACUUGAUUUGCUGUUUGUGUACAUCCUUUUGAUUGCAUAUAAUAAACGUGGUAGCAAGUACUCUCAAAACAUCCUUGUACUCUCAAAAGACAUCGGACAAGGCAGCCAGUACGUCCAAUUUCUUGAAACUUUGGAAUCAGAAUAUAUGAAUGUUGGCUUUGCAGAUCUUCAUAUGUUCGUAAACUCAGGCCUAAGCGGAAGCAAGCAACAAAUAGUGUGUGCUGAGUGUAAGGAGUUUCUUGGAUAUCGCUUAGAAGAUCCUGAUAGGUUCCAAAGCUUAGAACUUAGGAACUUAAACCUAAGCGGAAGCUCACAAGCACCUAUUAUAAGCACACAAGCACCUAUUGUCCGAAGCGAAAGUUCACAAGCAGAAAAGCAUAUUACACUCUGUGCUCAUUGUCAGUUCUGUGUGAACGCUAGUUAG